UUCAAGUUAAAAGCAGAUCGCCGUAUAUUACGAACAUUAACCACCCUUCUCGAAUUCACUCUGACAACGACAGCCUUCAAUUUUUCUGCUUCUCAACUGAACACCAAGUCUUAUAUUAUAAUGUCUGCAUCCGAACUUUUACGUCAAUCGAUGCAAAAUUUGAGGGUCGCUGAAACAAAGUCGACUCUACCGUCCCUCGUACCAUUCAAAUUCACGUCUCCCCCACGAAAGUUCAAGCUGUCCUACCCAGCCCUACAACAUUACAAACAAAAUUUCGGCUUCUGGCUUAGCGACCAAUGGCUCAUCGAACUUGGAAAACACACACACCUUCCAGAAGAUCGCUUUGACCCUCCACUUGACGAAGAUUUCUGGAUGAGAGGUGUUGCGUACAUCUGUGAGACUGUCGGCCUCGAAGGUCUGACUGUUGAACACUGCUUUCAGCCAAAGACGAACGGCGCGCCUCCUCAGUUCCUGGAUGCCGAUGGAGAGGUGCUUGUCCUAUCCGUGUGUGAUGAUGUCGAGGACGACAUCCCUUCGCAGCAACAGGUGGAUUAUUUGACGAAUCUUCUGGGUAGACCGCCGCAGUGGUGGGUCAAUAUCUAUCCGCGUAAUGAUUGGGAGUGAGCGUAGAAGUAUUUUGAUAUCGAGCUUCCGCCACUGUUGACUUGGAAUACUUAAUGUGUACAUCACAUCACCACCAGUCAUACUAUUAAGUUCCUAUA